UGCCGUCUCUAGUUAAAAUUAAAGAAAUACACGACAAAAAUGACUUGCAAAACCUAAAAAUUUCUAAACACAAUAUUACUUUCCAAAGGAAUAAUAUUUUAUCUGUUUUGUCUUUCUAUUUAGAAUUGGGAAAAAAAAAUAGAGAAAAAUCAAUUCUUUAUUAAUAAAGAAAAAAAAUAAUCUAUUUGACUUUGUAAAUUUUCAGUUUAUAAUUUAUCUUAAUUUACGAAGUGAUUAUGCAAGCAAAAAAAUGGGAAAGAAAGGCAUUCUAAAGCAAGAAAAAUACUCUAAAACGAGAAAGGCUGUUAAAUAACAGCAAAAGCAAGAGAGAUGCUUAAUAAAAGCAAGAGAUAAAAGCACGAGAGAUGCUUGAAAAUGAGAGGCAUUCUGAGGCAAGAGAAAUGCUUGAAAAGGCGAAUCGAUAUUGAUUCAAUCCAAUGUUUAUUACAAAGUUUAAAAUUACAAAAAGAUUAUAUGAAACAUACAUAAAAGAAUUUAAAUUUUACAGGGGAUUACCUUAGCUUUUGGAGUAUCUAGAUUCUUCUAGAAACCUCGGUACUUUGGGUCUGUUAGGGUUUGGUGCCCCCACACUUGGACCUAGUUCGUUUUGGGCCCUUCUAGAGGCAUUUUCUUUGGUAUGGGGAGUCUGUGUGGGUGGGCCGUGUGUCUGUUGCAAGGCGUUAUCAUCGAUCUUCCCGAAACCCUUGCAAAACCUAGGAAAACCUUAACAUAACAUCAUAUUCCAAAGGAAGGUGUUUUGUUUGUCUUGUCGUUUUAUUCAAAACCGAGAAAAAAAAGCAAUGCUUUAUUAAUGGGGAUUUACAGAUAUCUGCAAACUCUAAUCACAAAAAACUCUAGAAAAACCCGAACUUUUUUUACCGUUGCAUCAACAAAUUCAACGACUUAUGUAAUCCCACCUCUAUCCUCUCCUCUCUUUCACAGUCGAGUCUCACCUUCUGCUCCCUCUAUUUCCAAAUGGAUCGCUCCUUUGAAUGGCCCUCUCUUCCUCUCUUCUCCUCCUUGGAAACUCUCUCAAUCCGCCACUCCGCUUUGGGGAAACGUCGCCGUUUUAAGAAAAGUUCAAGCUUUAAAUCUUGACUUGAUUAGAGGCAGUGGAGCUAAGUUUCCAGUGAAGCUACAAUUCGGGUCGGUCCUAUCAGACCCGAGAGUCUCGGUUCGGGUGGAAACCAGCAAGGAAGGGACUAAGGAGUGGGAAGCUGUGUUGGAAAGUUUUCUGAAUUUGCCCAAUUUACUUUCAAUGAGUCGAUUGGUUUCUGGCCCUUUGCUUGGAUGGAUGAUUGUAAACGAAAUGUACGGUUUUGCAUUUCUGGGGUUGGCUAUGGCUGGUGCAACUGAUUGGUUGGAUGGAUAUAUAGCUAGAAAGAUGAUGAUUAAUUCAGUCGUGGGUUCUUAUCUUGAUCCUCUAGCUGACAAGGUUCUUAUCGGAUGUGUUGCUCUGUCCAUGGUACAUAACCAUCUUUUGCACCCUGGACUUGUCGGGCUUGUUGUCUUGCGAGAUGUUGCCCUUGUUAGUGGUGCAUUGUACCAGAGAGCUAUUAGCUUGGAUUGGCAGCGGAAAAAUUGGCUAGAUUUCUUCAAUCUUGAUGGGACUGGUCCACAGAAGAUUGAGCCUCUCUUUAUAAGCAAGGUUAACACAGUUUUCCAGCUGAUUUUAGUUACCUCAGCUCUCCUUCAACCAGAGUUUGGAACACCAGAAACUCAAUCAUGUAUCACAUACUUAAGUUGGCUAGUGGCUGCAACAACAGUUGGUUCUACCAUUGGGUAUGGAGCACAACUCGUGAGAAAGAGACCUGGGUUGAUCACAAGAAGGUCCUAGUUUGAACUUUAGUGCAACUCUUAGACAAUUGAUGAGUUGCUAUGGUUCUGGCAGCCCAUUUGUGAGCAUAGAGUACAAGCUGGAUGUAGAGUCAAAGGAGCGUAUUGAUUGCUUGUAAAUGGCCUACACGGCUAUACCUUCUUGUAAUAAAAGCAACAGAUACAAUCAACUGUCAAUGAAUACAGCAUUGGCAAAGCAUGCUAUUUAGCAUAGAAUAAUUUAAAACUUGUAAAAUUUUGUCAUUGAUGUUUAACCUCUCUUUAAGAAAUUAUAGUGAUUUCUGCCAUGUCCCAGUCUCUAAAUGCAUCCGUUUCCAUUUUCGCUUCACUCGAGCAACACUUAUUGGUAGGGGUGAUUCAAUAACUGAAUCGAUCAGUUCUGA